AUGGAUAUACAAUAAUUUGAAGAAUAAAAUAAUAUAAAUAAUGAUGAAAGCAUCUAUAUAUGGGAUGAAUAGGAACAAGACGAUAUUUUAGAAAAGCAAGAAUGGAAAAAAGAUCCUAAUUAUUUUAAAAAAUGCAAAAUAUCACUAUUAGCAGUAUUAAAGAUGUUAACUCAUGCCCGAAUGGGAGGACAUAACGAAGUAAUGGGAUUAUUUUAAGGAAAAAUUAAAAAUGAUACGAUAAUAGUAAUGGAUUCAUUCGCCCUUCCAGUCGAAGCAACAGAAACAAGAGUAAACGCAUCAUCUGAUUGUAAUGAAUUUAUAAUAUAAUAAGUUGAACUUUUAGAAAAAGCAGGAAAAAUGGAAAAUGUGAGAGGUUGGUAUCAUUCUCACCCUUCUUAUGGUUGCUGGCUUUCAGGUAUAGAUGUUUAGACAUAAACUUUAUAAUAAAAAGCAGAUCCUAUGUUAGCCAUAGUAAUUGAUCCUAUAAGAACUAUGGCGUCAGGUAAAAUUGAAAUUGGUGCUUUUAGAACUUAUCCAGAAAAUUUCAAUAAAUAAGUAGAUUAAGGAUAAAAUUAAUAGGUUAUUCCUCUAGAUAAAAUAGAAGAUUGGGGUGUUCAUUAUAAGAAAUAUUAUGCUUUAGAGGUGAGUUUUUUUAAGACUAAUUUAGAUUCUGAAAUUAUUGAGGUUUUAUGGAAUAAAUAUUGGAUUAAUACUAUUACUUAAAGUGCUAUAUUUAUUAAUAAAGAAUAUUUUGUUAAUAGUUUAAAUGAUUUGAGCAAUAAAAUGAAGAAUGCUAAAAACAAAGGAAGAAAAGGUGACACUGUUAUAACCGUUAAUGAUCUAUUAGGGAAAAAUAGUUUAGGUGAAAAAGAACCAAUUAAAUAUGCAUUGGAAAAAAAUUAAGCUUUGGUUAAUGAAUCUAUUAAAAAUUUAUUAUUUUAAUAUUAAUUUUGA